CUUGGCUCUUCAGUUAAGGUAAGCUGUUUACCUAAUUUGGAAUUUUACCAUCUUGAUGCGACCAAUCUUUUCCCACCUUUUCACUCCUGCACGAUAAUAACAUCCGUCGUAGCUGGGUACCUAAAACUACAAGAUCUAGGGGUAAGCGUGAGAGUGAAGGUAUAUUUCAAAAUACUCAAUCAUGCCACCCCGCAUAACACCCGCCCUUCUCCGGCAGCUCCGAUCUCCUCCAGCAAGUCCGCGGGCCGCUCGAUGGAUAUUAUCAUCUCCAAGCCGGAACCUUUCGGCUACGGCAGCCUCGGCCUCGGCUUCAGCUUCUCACUCAUCUCCGAAUCCUACUUCUGCAGAUUCUACUUUCACAACCGUUUCUCCCGAUGAGGUCUCUCAUUUCAACGCUCUAGCAUCCUCGUGGUGGGAUCCUCAUGGCCCAUCCCGCAUCCUCCACUUGAUGAACCCGCUGCGCCAUGACUUCAUCCGCUCAUGUCGCUCUUCCGUCUUUGACGACCCACCACCGUCUUCCAAUAAUUUAAAAUACUUAGAUAUAGGUUGUGGGGGUGGUAUCUUCGCCGAGUCCGCCGCCCGAUUACCUACCACCGCGUCCGUAACGGCCAUAGAUCCUAGCCCUGAGGUGCUAUCUGUUGCCAAGGCGCACGCGAAGCGGGAUCCCGCUUUGAAAUCCAAGUUGACUUACUUAAAUACUCCCAUUGAGGAGCUGCCAGUCCCGAGUACGCCUCAGGACGGCUAUGAUAUCGUGUCAGUCUUCGAAGUGAUAGAGCAUGUAUCGUACCCGGCAGAGUUUCUUGAUCGCUGUGCGCCCUUCGUCAAGCCCGGUGGCUGGUUAGUUCUCAGCACUAUCGCAAGGACGUGGCUUAGUUGGGUGACGACCAACCUUGUGGCCGAGGAUUUAUUACGCAUAGUACCGAAAGGCACCCACGACUGGCGGAAGUACAUCAACGAAGAAGAGAUGAAAACCUACUUCCUGCAAAAGAGGACAGAGUGGACUGAGCCUAGGUGUAUGGGCGUAGUUUACGUCCCUGGUCUUGGUUGGAAAGAGGUUCCUGGUAGCGAGAAAGUAGGAAACUACUUCUUUGCCGUGAGAAAGGCCGCUAAUACGGUAUGAUUAAUUGAUGUGGUCUAGUUGACCAACAACACGACUUGAGGAUAUCGUACUGCCUCACAUCUCUAUGCCAGGUACCUAUGUGGGUACCUAUACUAUAUAUAGUCUAAUCGUUGGCAUUACGGCUAUGGAAGCUCUGAGGUCGAAUCCAGAGCUUCGGUGAUGAAAUAACGCCCUCGGGAUCACACCAUUUUUCUCCAAACCAGCGACAUGCCGAAGGAGAUUAGGUGCCUACCUAGCCUAUCAUUAUAUCCAGCGUCAGAUACCGUUUGGUUUAUUUGACUCAUAUAACUUAGGUACUCUGUCACGAAGACAGUAAUAAAGACGGUGAUACUAUAAUCCUACCGCCAGGUCUAGGUCGAACUAAUUCGAUCGGAUGACAUAGAAAAAUAUAUACAAAUAUUAACUAAAUAUUCAAACACAUAUAUGACCCAUCUUAGGCUUCUCCUGAUUGACAACUCAACCUACCUGUAGGCUUACUAUGUUCUUGUUCAAGCUUAUCUAGUUAGGGACCACUCGCGCGAUAAAGCCUGCUCAUGUUGGAUGUCGUAAUUCCGAGUGUAACGCUAUCUACCAAUGACAAACCGGGGAUAGUAUAGAUAUCGAUAGAUAUCUCAUAACACAAGGCGUCUAUUCUACGUUGAUAGGUACUUCAGGAAUCC